GGCGCGGGUCCCAAGCCCUCUCUUCCUUCUUUCCUUCCCCAUCCCGCCGGAGAGAGUGACAGUCGCCGUCGACAACUUCCUCACCCGAACCGACACGAGAAAGAAGCGACGUUGUCAGCAUCCUUCACUCUCUGCAUCAGCACCUGCACCACGAGUGCCAUCCAGUACCAACCUGCGUUUAACGUUUUGACCACUCAUCAAUACCGUCAAGAUGCCCGGAAUUCCGCUUGGCGCCCUCGACAACCUGAAGGGCAAGCUCAAGGCCGUUUUCAAGAAGCGCGGCGAGAAGAAGUCCGAGAAGAAGGCCAAGGACAAGGCCAAGCAGGCCGCUGACCAGAACACCGCUGAGGGCGGCACGGCCGCUGCCGCCGCCGAGGCUACCAAGACCGAGACCGCUACGGCCCCCGCCGGUAAGUCGCCCCCCCCUGGUGACCUGACCUCUCCCCUCGACAUUAGUAGUAGUAGGGCAUUCAUCGAGACUGACGGGACCGCGGUUUGUACAGCCGAGGCCGGUGCCGCUGAGCUGGCUGCCGAGGAGAAGAAGGUGGAGAUCGCCGCUGGUCCUGGUACGGCUACCGAGACCGGCACCGCGGCCGCUCCCGAGAUCACUCCGGCUCCGCCCGUCGCUUCCAAGACCGAGGAGAAGAAGGCUGCUCCCACUGCCUAAGUCUGACGACAACUCCGGUAUACGCGGCCAGAUGACGGGCCAGAGGGUUGCCGGAGAGGCUGGGUAGCCCGCGACGGAAAUGGGCAGCGAUGCUUUUUCUCUAUCUUUUCGUUUUUCGGCGAUGGUUUUCGCAAUAGGAAAUGGGGGUUCGGGCUGCGGAUGCGCGUACUAGGGCUUGAUACCAUCGAUACCCCAGGAUUGCUUUUGCUUGCGGGGGGCGCGUGGCUGGCUUGAGACAUUCCAUACUCGAUACCACCGGUUAGAAGAACACGGUUCUUCAGA